GACCUCUCGCCACAAACAAACGGUGCCACCUCGAAGCAAUCCGCCGCGUUAUUAUAAAGAUGAACCUGCCGGAAGCCAGCGACGACAUACCCACCUCACCCGCCAGCCUGCUCUUCCUCCCCCACCACCAAUUCUGCGUUCCGUCUCGUCGACGCCGUUCCUCUUUUCAUAUCCGCCGGCUCCUCGUUCCCCCAUCGUUGUCUUUCCGCCCUUCCCUUCUUCCGCGAUGAUCUCCGCGCCUCCGCUCAUACAAACCCCGGCGUCGGCUGCAGCGGCAGCAGGGAUCCGUCGGCCCGCCUCCCGCCGGACGGUGCGGUGCGCGGUGGCGGUCGCGUCCGCAUCGCCGGCCGGCAGGUGCACGCUCUACGAGGUGCUGGGGCUGCGGGCCGGCGCGACGGGCGGCGAGAUCAAGGCAGCGUACAGGCGCCUGGCGCGGGAGCUGCACCCGGACGUGGCCGGCGCUGCCAGCGACAACUUCAUCCGGCUCCACGACGCCUACGCCACGCUCUCCGACCCGGACGCCCGCGGGCGCUACGACCGCGACGUCGUCGCCCAGGCAUACGCGCAGCCGCCCGCGGCCAGGCCGUCGCCGCACAGCUUCUGGGGACGGCCUCGCCGCACCUGGGAGACCGACCAGUGCUGGUAG